CGCCAUCACUGUGUUAGGAAACGAAAUAUAUUGCAAACAAUCAAAUUCUUGUAAACCGGUACACAGAAGAAUUCGGAUUUAAACGCCAUUUCGGAACGAAACUGCAUAAAACAUACUUAGAAACGCGUUGAUAACUUUCGGGGUGAUUGUGAUUGGUUAUAAUCGACUUGGUGCUAUUCCCGUGUUGUGUGUUUUUAUCUGUGAAAUAUUUCAACUAAAGGAAAGAUGUGAUCGUGUUGGGAUGUAAAGCCUCUUUUAAUUAGUGAUUAAGUUUGUUUGUUUGUUGGCGGAAGUGUGUAGCAGGAUUUUAGGCAUAUUGAUUUUCGGAUAUUGGACUACCCCUACAUAUCGUUUCCAGGAUCCUAGGGCGAGCUAACUAUGUUGGGCAGCCCAGCUGGGCCGGGGGGACCAAACCAACGAGGUCUGUGGCCCCUGGCUCCAGCACCGGCUCCUGCUAGUAAUUUCACUGCUGACAGUUUCAACAAAUGUGGCGUUUAUUCUUUGUUUCCUGGAGGACCAAGCUUUGGAAGUGCAUUAUACUCUCAUGCUCGCACCAUAGGUCAGUUUACGUCUGGUCAUAUUCAGCAGUCUUCAGGGAAUUCAUUUUAUCACAAGGAUUCACUCUUUUCCACUGCUGGGUACACCUUUGGAGCACCAACCCCUCCUCCAGGAUCUCCAUAUUCGCCUGUACCUGUAACGCAACUUGAAUUGCUGACCAAAGGUUUCAAUUCAAACAUCAUCAUCCAGCAACCUGAUUACCCAAUCAGUCCAAAGAAAUUGCAAGACAAACGGUGUGAUGAAAAAUGUUGCAGUUUAAAACUUCAAAAACCCUGCGAUUGUCGAAGUGGUUCUCCCCUUAAAAAGUUUCCUGAAAGUGCUAACGGGUGUUCGCGAACGAAUCCUAUAGACUGGAGUGGUGUUAACGUGAAAAAAGAACCAGGAUCGACUCCUUGUCAAGUCGCUGAAAUAACAACUAGUGUUUCGCCAGUGGUUAAAUUAGAAGUGACGUCACCAAAAAAUACGAAUGAAAGACACCAAAAUAUUGUUUCGAAUUCCAGCAUUAAUGGUACCGAUUUUGCAAAUGGAAAUAUACCUGUUGGGAUCGCCGUGGCAAGGCAAAGGUUUCAACAACAAGAAGUUAUCGGCUCUCCGUCGUUACCACCCGCCGGACUUCUCACCACGGUCAAUGCUGCACAAAUCAAAGACGUGGCAAGAGUAUCCGAAGUCGGAGAAGGCGGGACGGCAGGUAUGGCUGCAAGCACGACAGGAGGCGCGACUUUACUACAAUGCUCCGACGAUCGAAGCACAGCAUUGGCAGGUUGGUCGAUGGGUGGGACACAUGGUUCUACAUUAGCCACGCCUACACUGUGGCAAUAUCCUGCGCCCGUUCCUUUGGAGCCGAUGGUUCCUCUCCCGGUACCAAUGCCUCCCGUCGGAUUCCAACUAGUUCGUGACCCAACAACCGGAGGUCUCCUUCUUUUGCCCACAACCGGAAUAGAGCCCCUCCAACAAGCUGUGGUUUGGCCUAGCUACCACCAAACGCCUUCAGUUUUGUUACCACCACUACCACCACCUCCUCUACAACUUCUAAGUUCUGCUUCGUCAGAUUAUUUAUCAAGUAGUACAACACUCCACCAGCACACGCAAACUCACAGCACACGUUUGGUGGCGGUAACUACAGACAGUAAACGAAAAAUUCCGUUACCCAUUCCAGCAACUACUUUGAUUAAAAUAGAGACAGACGCUACAUUAGACCAAACAAAGACCCUCCAAGCUGUUAGUACUAUUGGAAAUAGCACGGGUACUGUUUUUACCGACCAAAAUAUGGCUCCGUUGGUCACAACUCAUGUCAUAUAUCAGCAUCCUAAUUUAAUUUUGUCACAACCGACAACUUCAGAGACAUUGUGCAGGUCGCAGGCGACCUCACCAGUUACUUGUCUGACACCGCCACCGGAAAAUGUUUCAAUUCCCGAAGAAGAGCCUCUUGCAGUGCAAGACGCUAGCAAUCAGACGGAUACUCCAAUUUGUAGUGAAGACGAUAAUACUACACUUACAGUUGCAGAACACCACGAAAUAAUUGAAAAUAAAGAACCACAAGGAAGUGCUUCCAUUAGCCCAGUACCUGAACAAAUACAAGAUACUAAACUAAAAGAACCUGAACAAGUGCAAAAAAAAUCUACUCAAAAAGAGGAAAACGGAAGUCAAGUACAAAAUGAACACAAGUCAAAACCAGACAUUAGUGGUUUAGAACUGCUAUCCAACAGCAUAGUUGAGUUUGAAAAUGGUCGAGGUAGUGUCAAACUCGAACAAAUGGAACAUAAAGAGACGGGAGAAACUCUAAAAAACUAUGAGAAAGAGUCAGAGCGAUCCCAAACUAUUAAUGAUACUUUAGGUGGGUUAAAGCUAUUGUGUGCGCUGGCAGAGCAACGAAUUAUGGAAGAAAACGUUGAAAAACAUAGGAUUGAAAAGGAAAAAUCCAAGGAACACAAAUCAGAAAAACGAAAGCUGAAGAAAGAACACUCAGAUGAACACGAGUCUAAACGAAAGAAGAAUAAAAGAGAUAAGAACGGAUUUAAACAUGAGUCAUGUAGAAUCUCAGUCACAAACUCUGUAGAAGAUUGCAUUUGUCCUAUAGAAAAUUACAGAUCAUAUAAAACACCUGAGUCGGAAGAAGAAGUGAAGAAAUUCAUCGCCAGUAAAAGCCAAGCUUCAUGUUGUGACGGCGAUUGGCCUCAGAUGAACGAAAUGGAACUUGACAUGAGAAUGAAAUUGGCAGACUUGCAGCGCCAAUAUCGCGAGAAACAGAAAGAACUCAGCCGUUUGAAACCUAGAAAAUAUCACUCACAAGAAUGCAAGAAAAGGUGUCGUAAGAAGUCCACACAUUCAGAUUGCAGUAUUACACCACCACCUCAAUUGGACAAGAUUGAUAUGUCUUUAACCACAUACAAAAAUCAGGAAUUACUCAAACCCCCAACACUUUGCGCCUUUGAUAAUACUAAAACGCCUAAAUUAGAAGCAAUAAAACAAAGCGACAGGAUAAUCAACGAUUAUAAAAAUGAUCUAUUAAGACAACAAGCGUUGGAAGAAUUGGAAUCGUCACCGGAAAAAAAUUCCUCUUCGAAAAAACGGAAAGUCGGUCGGCCCAAAAAACUUUUGUCCCCUUUGGGUUGUCAUGUGGCUACUGAAACUAUUGUAGCCAAGAAGCCUAAAAAUAAUUUCGUAGGCUAUUUCCUCGCAGCUAAGGAAAAAUUCCAGCUGCAAAGUAAGAUGUACGCAAAUAGUCCACCACGAUACUUGGAGGAGCCCACAAUCACAAAUAAGACAAAGAAAAACAAAAACAAUAACAACAUAAUUAUCGCUGAUAUAAAAUCGUGUAAAAUACGCCCGAAACUGAAAGCCGAACUUACCAUCAGAGCGUACAACGACGAAGAGGAACACGAAUGGGAAACAGAGCUAGAAGAGAAUGAUGAAGUAGAAACAGAAGAAAAUGAUGUAUUGGGAAAAUUAUUGGUGGAGGAAGUUGUUGAAGAGAUACAAGAGGUACAUGAAAAUAUUGCUCAAGAAAUGGAAGAUGUUAAAGAUGUAGAAGAACCGAAACCUGUUGAUAAUAGAUGUAUUUUGAAUGCGGAACAUUUGGAAAUUGACAAAUUAAGAGUUUUAACCGCAAUGGGUGGCCUUUUCUACGCUGGACACUUGAAUGCCGUAGAACCUCCUGAUGUUUAUUCCAUUACACUAGAUGGAGAAAGAGGAAACCGUCCACACAUCAUGUCCAGAGAGGAGAUCUUGAGGGAUGCGUUUGUGGAAGUGGCACCGAAAAGUACCCAAGAACUGGUCGCUGGUACGAGACUGUGUGCUUACUGGAGUCAGCAAUAUCGCUGUUUAUACCCAGGAAGUGUGGCGGAACCGGGUACUCCGGAUCCUGCUCUCGACUCCAAGUUUGUUGCCGUGGAAUUUGAUGAUGGUGAUAGUGGAAGAAUAGCUUUAGAGGAUAUCAGGCUAUUACCACCAGAUUACCCAAUCAUUGAAUAUGAUCCUAAUCCUCUACUCAGCCUCAGCAAACGCCGCCGUCGUACUUCGACUAGUGUUUCAACUGAAGAACGCCGACAGGUCCCUGUCCAACAACCACCACCCCCAAUUACAACUGUUGAACCACUAAAACCUAUCCCUGAAAUAGAAAAAGACACAGAAAAAGAAAAUAAAGACAUCAAUAAACCCGACACGGAAUCUCACAAAGAACGUAAACGAUUGAAGAAAAAGAAACGUGAGAAAUUGAAACAAAGACUUCUUCACGAAGACAAAAAGAAGAAGAAAAAACAUAAGUGUACUGAUGAGUUUUGUAAACAUAAGAAACAUCAUAAGAAACACAGAAAACACAAGAAACAUCAUCAUUAUGAUGAAAAGAAGGAUGUGCAAGUGGUGCAAUCGAUCGAAGUUCCAGACUGUGAUAGUGAAAGUGUCGAGCGUGUCGAAGAGGAUGAUUCAUCUGUUUUUAAUCCAGAAGAUGAAGUUACCAUCGAUGAUAUUAUUGAAGCAAAAGCAAAAUCUAAGAAAACUAAAAAAAUAAGAGACAGACAAGAGUCAUGUGAAAGCCGAAGUAAAAUGAGCGCAUUUUUACCGGCAAGACAAUUGUGGGGUUGGUCUGGAAAGGGGUAUAAAAGGCCGAGGGCCAAAGGUAGAUCGAGAAAACAAUUCUACAAAGCCAUCCAACGUGGAAAGGAGACAAUAACUGUCGGCGAUUCAGCUGUAUUCCUUUCCACCGGAAGACCUGAUAGACCUUAUAUUGGGAAAAUUGAAGCCAUGUGGGAACUUUGCGGAACAAUGGUUGUUAAAGUGAAGUGGUUUUAUCACCCUGAAGAGACAAUUGGUUGUCCUUUGAAUUUGCAGUAUCCUGGAGCUCUUUUUGAAUCGCCACACAUUGAUGAAAAUGACGUUCAAACAAUUUCACACAAAUGUGAAGUGCUACCGUUAGAGGAGUACACCGAACGACUUGGAGACGAUCCGCAACGUUACGCUAUGAUCUACGACAACAACGACAUCUAUUACUUGGCGGGAUAUUACGAUCCGACCACAACCACCCUUAAAAUGGAACCGAAUAUUCCUUUUUCAAAACCAGACUGACACAGUAAAGACAAAACUGUAGCAAUAAUGCAAUCUUUGAAUAACAAUAACUACAAGUAAAAUAAGAUAGUGAUUUUUGGUGCUAUAUUGGAAAUGUAUAUUAUUAUGUUUUUCUCGUUUGAAUUUGAUGUUUCAGUUGAAGUGUUAAGUUUCAAAUUGAUUGUAGUGUUUAUUUGGAAGUGUUGUGUUGAAUUUAACAACAAAUGUACAAAUAAUACUACUUCUUAAGUGGAUUUUUUUGAAUGCAUUUUUGGAUUGAUUUGAUAGAACAAUUCUUAGAAGUAUUAAUUUGUAUCGUGUACCAGUUUUUUUUAGUUUUAAUGUUUGUUUUAAGACAAUCUGAGCAGUGGAUUUUUUUCUAUUUUGUACAAUUAAUUUUUACUGAUAGUUACAUGUGGAUUUUUCUAUCAAAUUCAGUGUUGUAGAUAUAUUUCAAAUGUAAAUAAUCUUAAUGUUAUAGUUUUGCACAAUGUAGAUUGAAAAAUAUAUUUUCAUAGAAUUUGCCAAUAGGAUAAGUCAUAACGGUCUUAUAAUAUUGGUAUCCAUAAAAAUGUCUCAUCAAUCUUUGGAACUAUUGGUCUGAUAUGGGUGCCUAAUUUUGUACAUUAUAUCUAAAAAGACCUAAUGGCUACUAUUGGAAACAGUAUUUUAUCAAAAACUUUGAAAUUGUUUGACAUCUUACUGCAUGUACUUAACGUAAAGUGGUGGAAAUUAGUCGAUAAGAUUUUCAGAAGCAGUCAUUAAAAUGGUUGUAUAGGGUUAGACCCGAGGUAUUUAAAAGUGCGAAAAAAAAACUAUAUUUUUUUAAAAGGUAGAUUUUAAUAACGAGACUGGCCAAGUGUCUUGUCAAAAAUUUCAGAGUUUUCUUAGUGUUAAUUUUUUUUUAAAUAAAUGUGCAAUGUACUCAUGUUUUUAGUAUGUACUUAGAUCUCUCAAUACUAUAAAUAUAUCCAUAUGUAGUAGCUUUCAAAUAUGCUUAAUUAUAUAAUAGAACACAAUAAAUGUCUCCAUACUUGAAGAAAGAAUUACAUGAAAUAUCAUUCUUCCCAAAUAUUUUCUUUAAAUUUAUACCAAUACGCUUAUUAAAAUCAAUUUAGUUUUAGGUGCUUAUAACUAUACUUUCUCAAAUUAUAGUCUGAGUUUGUAAUAUCUAUGUGAUUUUUAAUAUAUCUUUUUAAAAACAUGUUUUUUUAAAAUUAUAUCAACAUUCUAUAAUUUCAUAAUGUAUUCAAUAAAUGAGUACGCAACAAUGUUGAUGUAUUUUUAUUUAACACUCAUAUAGGUGCUUUUUGAUUUACUUAAAAAAUGUAAAAAACGAAUAUACUUACAAUUAUCAUCGUUUAAUUAUUUAUUAAAAACUUAAAAAACUCUAUUUUCUAAAUGUAUCUCUGUUUAGACAUGUAUACAAGAGAAUAUUUUUAUUAUUGGUGUGUAUAAAAAGUAAUAUUUUUGCAUACUAUGUAUUUGAAAAGUGGUGCUAAUUAAAGCAAACAAUAUUAUUGCAUUGAUGAUAAGCAGGGUCUAUUUAAAAUGAAAAUAAUAACAUGUAUAUAUUAUACAUUUUUUUGCUUAUCUUGUAAAUAUGCUGCAAUAUUUUCUCUGAUAUUAAAUAUACGAGUUUAUAGAAA